GCUCCGUCCGCCAGGCCUGCCCGCUCAGCACCGCAAAUUAUUCUGUAGCCAUUGCUGCCAUACAGCCGUGGCUCCAUCCCGUCGUCGGUUCCCUGGGAUCUCGCCGUUGGUGUCGCGUCGACGCAAUGCCUACCCAGGCCGAGUCCAAGGAAGUACCGCCAGGGCUGUACCGCCCUGAUAUCACGUCUGCUUGCUGGUACGGUUCCAGAGACGUGACUGGGUACUUGAGUUGAAAGGCCGCAGAAACGUGCGACGGUGAUGGACUGCUCCGUCAAGAUCCUGCAACCUACGUCAAUCUGACCCCGCAAUGGAAUACCCCAUUUGGCAAAUCCGACCAGCAUCUCGUUCUCUGCUUAUUGCUAUGCUCUAGCGUGUCAAAUCUUGACCAUCUCGCCUCAUCGCGAUUCGAUUGACUACCCUCACAAUGUCCCUUCCAGUCUUCCUUCGCUCAACCGACAACGCGCCAUCGUCUUUCGCCGAGCCCAACCGUGGCAACACUGCUUGGCGUACGCUGCUCUCCGCUUCGACUACUUCGACUACCUCCCUCAGCGCCGGAGUCGCUGUCUGUCCUUCCAAUGGCUCGCUCGCGCUUCACCGACACGCGCAAGCUGAGAUAUACUACAUCCUAUCCGGCGCCGGGGAAGUCGAGAUUGAUGGGCAGAGACACAGCGUGAGCAAGGAUAUGAUAGUGUGGAUACCAGGCGAUGCUGAGCAUGGCGUGUUUUGCGGAGAGGAAGAGCUGGAGUGGCUGUAUGUGUUUCCGGAGGGGAGAUAUGAGGAUGUAGUUUAUCGGUUCAGCGGAGAGAUGCAAGAGAGUGCUGGAGACGUACAUGAACGUCACUGAUUUCGCGUGGGACUAGGUAGCAGAUAAUCCAGUGCUAAUUCGCAAAUCCUCAUGUUCUGUAUCUCUGUACGCGCUUGUUAGGCCUCCACAAUC